UCUACCACCCAUUCCCCAAGCUCUCGCUCCCUGUACUCAAAAAGUUGUCAACUGCUCCGCCGCCGGUGAGGAUGUCGGCCGAAAACCACUCGGAGGAGACGCCGGCCGAAGAGCAAGAGCUUCCCCUCGUCCUCGUCCUCCGCCCUAUCUUCCCCCACUUCCAUGACGCGCUCGCCACCAAAUUCCGCUUCCUGAAGCCCUGGGAGUCCCCGCUCCCCCGGGACGAAUUCCUCGCCGCCCACGCCGGCGCCGUCCAGGCCCUCCUCUGCCCCGGUCCUACCCCCGUCGACGCCCAGCUUCUUGCCUACCUCCCGCGGCUGGAGCUCGUGGUGGCCUCCAGCGCCGGGGUCAAUCAUAUUGAUGUCGCUGCGUGCCGGCGCAGGGGCAUCGCCAUAACCAACGCCGGGAACGCCUUCACUGAUGAUGUUGCGGAUUAUGCGGUGGCUCUGUUGAUCGAUGUCCUGCGCAAGAUCUCUGCGUCUGAUCGGUAUGUGCGGCGAGGCCUCUGGCCGAUCAAGGGCGACUAUCCGCUCGGUCGCAAGCUGGGUGGAAAACGAGUUGGUAUUAUUGGGCUAGGAAGCAUUGGAUCUGCAGUUGCAAGAAGGCUCGAUGCCAUCGGCUGCACUAUCUUAUACCACUCAAGAACAAAGAAGCCAUCCGUCUCCCACGAGUUUUUCUCAAAUGUUACUGACCUUGCUGCUGAAAGCGAAGUUCUGAUUAUAACUUGUGCAUUGACCGCUGAAACGCACCAUAUCGUCGACAAGGAAGUCAUGUUAGCAUUAGGCAAAGAUGGCAUUAUCAUCAAUAUAGGGCGUGGGGCUCUCGUCGAUGAGAAGGAACUAGUCAGGUGUUUGAUGGAAGGGGAGAUUGGAGGUGCUGGUCUCGACGUGUUUGAGAAUGAACCAGCUGUGCCCCAAGAGCUCUUUCACAUGGACAAUGUUGUAUUGUCGCAUCAUCAAGCUGUGUUCACACCGGAAUCAUUUCAUGGGCUGCUUAAGGUGGUCAUGGGCAAUUUGGAAGCUUUCUUCUCAAAUAGGCCGUUGCUUACUCCAAUUUCAGAAUAGAAAGAACUCAAUCAAUUUUUUGACACUAAUUACAUUGGCCACAAAGUCUGAUAAGUUUUUUUCCCCCAUUCUGAUUUAGUACCAGGAUAUUGGAUCCUAUCAAAACUCCGCCGUUGGGGCUGUUCGGCGUCAUGCUGUAACCCAUUGUCUUGUGGUUGUCUUAUAACUAAAUAUCUCAUUGUGGCAAAAUGACUAGAAUUAUUAUGGUAUCUGGCAGCUACAGCUUCAUUU